UGAAGAUGGAUUUGGAAAACAAACUAUUCGGACAACAUGUUGCCAAGCAAGUUGUCUUGAAGGCAGUCAAAGGUUUCUUGAUGAAUCCAAACCCCAAAAAGCCCCUAACUCUGUCACUGCAUGGCUGGACUGGGACAGGCAAAAAUCUAAUUAGUAAAAUAAUUGCAGAAAACAUUUAUAGAAAUGGACUGGAGAGUAACUAUGUUCAUCAGUUUGUCUCCACUUUGCACUUUCCUCAUCCUGAAUAUCUCAGCCAAUAUAAGGAACUGCUACAGAAAUGGAUUCGUGGUAAUGUUACCUUGUGUGGCAGGUCCAUGUUCAUUUUUGAUGAAAUGGACAAAAUGCACGCAAGCCUUAUUGAUGCCAUUAAGCCUUACUUGGACUACUACGAUAACAUAGAUGGAGUGGUGUACCGGAAUGCCAUUUUCAUCUUCCUGAGUAACGCAGGAGGAGAAAGGAUAACCGAGAUUACUCUGGACUAUUGGCAAAAAGGAAACAAAAGGGAAGACAUUCUUUUGAAGGACCUCGAGAGUAAAGUAUCCCUUGGAGUCUUCAAUAACAAGAAAAGUGGGUUUUGGCAUACCAGCCUCAUUGACAAAAACCUGAUUGACUACUUUGUCCCGUUCCUUCCCCUGGAAUACAAACAUGUGAGGUUGUGCGUCAGGGAAGAACUGAAAGCCCGAGGUUACGAGGUGGACGAGCAUAUCAUGACGGAAAUAGCCAAUGAAAUGACAUACUUUCCAGAGAAAGAGAAGAUCUAUUCAGACAAAGGCUGCAAAACAGUGGCCACCAAGUUGGACUUUUACUUGUAGUGUGUGAGUGUGUGUGUUUGUGUGUGUGUUAUUUUUUAAACUGGAAAAUACUUUGCUUUUCUACACUAGACACUUUUAUAUAUGUGAAAAGAAUUAAAAUUGAAGCAGCCCAUUGAUUGGCUGCGGAAACUUAUGUUGUCUGUGACUUGGGCACAUGGGCAACACCUGUACCUACGUGUGGCCCCUUCCACCCAAGCUUAGUUUAUCACGGGUUCUUCCUGGGGUGGUAUCAAGCUGCUGUUUAUGAAUCGGGAGUCCCACACUUUGUUUACAUAGUAUGAAAUAGUUGGCUGAAAAUUACAAUGAGACAUUGCUGAUCAGACCAUUGCAAAACCAAAUCAGAUAAAUGUUUGUUGUCAAUAUUUUGAGUAGAUAUCCUUAAUCUGUAAUUUGCUGUUAAAAUUUGUUGAUGUGUUGUAACCUUACGUCCCACCAGCACCCAAGGGGAGAGAGUGAGAAGUCGUAGUUUUUUUUGUCUCAUUUCAUUGGGUUAAUCUAUUUUCCAUAUAUUGGAUAUUCAGUUUCUUGUUCUUUGCAGGGGAUCAGGUCCAGGAAAAAGCCUCUUCAAAACGGACCUUUUCAUGCUGAAUGACAUUUUUCAGUUUCCCCUUGAGCUUGUCACAGUGUUCAAGGGAGCUUUUGCCUCUAUGUUUUUACCACUUGCAGCGCACAGAAUUCUGAUGGAUUUUAAGUUUAAUCAAAGCCAAUUAAAAUAGUGGCAUUCCUCACAGAGUGAAUCUUGUGUCUGUGAGCAGUUACUUUUUGCUGUACUAAGGAAUUCCUGCAAAUACCUUGGGGUAGCCUUGAUGCCUCAUUCAAAUGUUUGGUUAUGUGAAUAACCCAGUAUAAAGUAAAAUAUAUAUUAAAUAUUGGAACCUUUUUAAAACUGUGACAUUUUUAACCAAAAUUUCCACUGAUAAAAUAUUUUUUCUCUAACUUGAAUUUGGAAACGUCAUUUUUCUAGAUUGGUUUUUUUGCAAAUUGAAUUUGUAAAAUGACUUGGGAGAGGGUUAACCUCAACUAACAUUCAGUGAGACAAAUUGGAGGCCGUCUUAUCAGCCCAAAGGAGCAAAUUGUGAGGUCCCAUUAUAUUUAUGUGUUUGAUGCAGUUGACAGUACAGCUGCCUCCUCUGAAUGUGAAGGCUGUGAGUUCAAGUCCCACUCCAGUAAGAAGGGAUUUAAACUUGGGACUUUAGGUUUAUAGUAAUUUUUGUCAAAAUUAUUUUAUAUAGAUGUUAAAUUGAGUAAUAAGUUCCAGUUUUAGAUUUGGAUUGAUGCUAGAUUGUGGGAAUCAAAUUGUGUCAAGGUGAAAGAAACAAUACUGUAAUAUGGUGAGAUGUACAGAGUACAAUAGUAAUCAGGAAUUCAAAAUUUUCAUUUAAAAAAUUGCAAAAUUAGUCAGAGAAAAAUAUAACCAAAUUACUUUAUUUUACAAACUUUGUUUUUAAAUAUAGUAAGCCUAAAUUUUAUCUUAACUGAUCUGCUAAUGUGCAGAGAAAAUUUGAUUGUAAGUGACAAAUGCAAUGCACUACCAUCCUUUUUUCUGGUCUCCCUGCUGUCCAAUCUGCAGGUUUCACAACCGCUCCUAAGCAUUUCUCGGGUGGUACCUUCAACCUCUCAUUGAAGGGAAGAUUAACUUUGCAGUUAUCUGUACCUGUUUUGUCACUUUAGCUGGGUGUUGGUGGUGAUAAGAGAUGCUGACUGCCGCUGACUUAUCAACUGGUGAUUGGCGUUCUGUUAGCUCAGUUGGUUUUGACUAGAGUGUGAUUUAGAAUGAUGCCAUUGGCGCAGGUUCAAUCCCCAUUAUGGUUACCGAUUGUAAGUAAACCUAUUCGUGGAAGUUUCAUCACAUAACUUGUUUCUCCCACCCUCCAACUCCAAACAGCAAUCAGCCAACGCAUCCAUGCUUGUGACAUUCUGAAAAGAAAAAAGACUCCUCACCCAAUCAGAUGAAGUUUGACUGUCACCCUGUCAGCUCCAAUAUAUUUAUAUACAGUGAUGAGAAAUAUUGAAAAAUGACCAAAAGUGAUACAUUUUUUUAAAGCACCCCUUCAUUUUUCUCUAGACUUGCACACAGCAGAGCCCUGGAAAUUGAUCUUCAAUUUCUGGAGAUUCCAGGCGCCAAUCCUGCAGGGUUGGCAGCAUUAAUCCCCACAUUAGGCUGUGGAAGUUCACGGAGGCCUGCCUCCUUGCCUUGUCCCAUGCUAACUGUGGUACCCCUCAAAAUACAUGUAGUCCUUCGUGGAACACCAAAUGCCUUACCUUAUCCAAGCUUCCAACCUUUGAGUAAGAGGGUGUUAGAGGCAAGGUACUAGCAUGGAUAGAAGAUUAGCUAUCUGGCAGAAAGCACAGCAGGGGGUUAAAAGGUCCUCUUCAGGAUGGUAGCCAGUGACUAACAAAUGGUGUCCCGCAUGCGUCAAUGUUGGGACCACAACUUUUCACUUCGUACAUUAAUAAUCUGGAUGAAGGAAUGGAGGGCAUUCUCGCUAAGUUUGCAAAUGAUACAAAGUUAUGUAGAGGCACAGACAGUAUUGGGGUGGCUGUGGAAUGAUGUAGUUUAGGAGAGUGGCAAAGAAGUGGUGGAGGGUGUACAACGUGAGAAAGUGGGAAAAGAUUCAGAAAUCUGAAGUGCAGAUGGACUUGGGAAUUCUUGUCCAGGAUUCUCUUAAGGUAAAUUUGCAGGUUGAAUCAGUAUUUAGGAAAGCAGAUAUAAUGUUGGCAUUUAUUUCAAGAGGACUACAAAAUGAAAGCAGGGAUAUACUUCUGAGCCUUUUCAAGCUCUGGUCAGACCAGAUUUAGAGUAUUGAGAGUAAUUCUGAGCCCCAGGAAGAAUGUACUGGCCCUGGAAUGGGUUCAGAGGAGGUUCACGAGAAUGAUAACAGGAAUGAAAUGCUUAACAUAUGAAGAAUGGUGGAGAACUCUGGCUCUAUACUUGGAGUUUAGGAGGACGAGGGGGAAUCUAAAUGAAGCUUACAGAAUAUUGAACAGCUUGGAUGUUAGGAAGUGAGAGCACAGCCUUGGAGUAAAGGAGAAGACCCUUUACAACAGAGAUUACGAGAAACUUCUUCAGCCAAAGAGUAGUGAAUCUAUGGAAUUUAUUGCCACAGAAGGCUGUGGAGGUCAGGUCAUUGUAUAUAUUUAAGACAGAGAUGGAUAGGUUCUUGAUUGUCUAGGGAAUCGAGUUAUGAGGAGAAAGCAGGAGAAUGGGGUUGAGGAACUUGUCAGCCAUGAUUGAAUGCCGGAGCAGAUUUGAUGGGCCAAAUGGCCUAAUUUCUGCUCCAAUGUCUUAUGGUCCCUUCAAUAUUUUUUCUUAAAGGGAAAUGGCAUUUUUAAAUUGUGCUCUGCCCAUUUUUGCUGAAGAAUUUCCGUGGUAUUCAGUGUCAUCACUACCAGGAGUUUGGAGCCCUAUGCCUUAUAUGGGGAAAAGUUGAAGCAUGCAAAAGUAAUACACCAAAGCAGCAGGAAUUCUGCUGGAUCUCUGUCUUGCUUCAUGAGCAGUAAUGGUAGCGUAGUGAUUAUCAAGAGGCCUGGACUUGAUGGAGAUAUUGAAUCUAAUUCUACAACAGCAGCUGGAAUAUUUAAAUUCAGUUAAUUAGCUUGGUCUCAAAUAAAGAGCUAGUAUCAGUAAAACUGACCAGUGAUGACCAUCGCUAUUUACAUCUAAGGGGCCGCCCAUUAAGAUACACAUGUGACACAGUGGCUCGGCAGUUAGCACUGCUGCCUCACAGCACCAGGGACAUGGGUUUGAUUCUCCCCUUGGGCGACUGUCUGUGUGGAGUUUGCACCUUCUGCCUGUGUCUGCGUGGGUUUCCUCUGGAUGCUCUGGUUUCCUCCCACAGUCCAAAGAUGGGCAGAGUAGGUGGACUGGCCACGUUAAAUUGCCCAUAGUGUUCAAGGCUGUGUAGAUUAGGUGGUUAUAGGGAUGGGUCUGUGUGGGAUGCUCUGAGGGUCGGUAUAGAGUGUUGGGCCAAAGGGCCUGUUGCCACACUAGGCAUUCUAUGAUGAACAUUUUUGUCUCCCCACACAGGGAUGAGUCUUUGCAAUACUGUCUUGUCUCUAAAGACAGUGGAAGUUGCAACAGGUGAAAGUAUGUGGGGGUAGAUGGAAUGUUGAGUAAUCAUGUUUGCUGUGGUGUUGAAAGGAAGAAUGAAGCCAAGUGGCCUAAUUCUGCAACUUAUUUUGUAAAAUCCAAUCUGUUUCACUAAUGCUGUGGAGGGAACGGAAAUUCCCAACUUAAUGUAGGCUGUCCAUUGGCUCCAAACCAACAUUAAUAUGGUUGUCUCUUAGCUGCGCUCCAAUUUGGGCACGGUGGCUCAGUGGUUAGCACUGCAGCCUCACAGCACCAGGGACCCAGGUUCGAUUCCCACCUCGGGCGACUGUCUGUGUGGAGUUUGCACAUUCUCCCGGUGUCUGUGUGGGUUUCCUCCCACAGUCCAAAGAUGUGCAGGUUAGGUGGAUUGGCCAUGCUAAAUCGCCCCCAUAGUGUUCAGGGGUGUGUGGGUUAUACGGGGAUGGGUCUGGGUGGGAUGCUUCAAGGGGCGGUGUGGACUAGUUGGGCUCAAGGGACUGUUUCCACACUGUAGGGAAUCUAAUCUAAUCUUUAAAAAAACAGCCUCAUAAGCCACUCAGUUGUGAAGAAGGUAACUCAUCUUGAGAGAAGUCAGGGUUAGGGAUUGAUUACAGCAGAACUUGUAGGUGUGACAGUACUAUGGGUUAGUGUACUUUCUGAAGCCUGGGAGUAAAGCACCAAGCUACUGAUUUAGCAGCAAAGCCAUGUGCGAGUUUGAAAUUGGUGGCUCUAAUCUCUCUUAACCGGCUUCUAAGACUAGUAAGAUUUUCAAUGUUUUUAAAUGUUAUACCUCGUACUGAUAUCAGGCUUUUGUGCCCAGCAUAUUGAUCUCAUGAUCUUGGAUAACUUGUUGGCACAUGCGUAUGUCCCCUACCAUAGCAAGACAGUACACCUACUGAAGACUGCAGUACCAUCACCCUGAGAGCAAAAGAUUGCCUAGUUGUUUUUGGCAGGGUCAAAGCGAUCAGGAACCUUCAAAGGGGAGCAAAACGUGGCCUAAAACUAAGGCAACAGAGUUCUUACUUUCUGUUUUAAAUUGUCUGACAUUUUGUGAAUUGUCCUGUGGUGUACAGCUUUGGUUUCUUGAAGGAAUCUUGCAGCAUGUUCUUCACAGUAAUAAUUUAUCCACAAAAUACUCUUCUUUGUUUAAGGAAGGAGGGUGGAGAAACAUUCCCAUGAGGUGCCUGUGGUUUCUUUCUUGGAUCUGAUAUCUUUGUGGAGUUUGAGGUUAAGUAUGGUAAAGUUUACUAACUUCCUUGCCUUGGCUUGGCUCACAAUCAUAGCACUGUCUCCCCUUGCAAUUCAAUGCUGUCAAUUCAACUUAUGUCUCUUUUCCUGUUUAUGUACAAUACAUUUCAGCAGCUAGCUCUUGUCAAUGACUUGCAUUUAUAUAACUUUUUUAGUAACCUUAAGCUGUCUCUAAGCACUUUACAGCUAAUGAAAUACUUUGAAUAUAGUCACUUUUGUAAGGCAAGAGCAAGUAUGUACACCGCAAGCUCCCCAAAAAAAAGCACUGUGCUAAUGACCAAUGAAUCUAUUUUAGUGAUCUUGACUGAAGUGUAAAUAUUGACCAGGAUACCAAAAUAACACUUACUUUCCACCACCUUCAAAAUGAUAUCCCAUGGAAUCUCUUUCAAACGUCUGAGGAGACAGAGCCUGUUUAAUGUGUCAUCUGAAGAUACCACCUAAGUACUGCACUGGAGUGUGAACCCAGGUCUUUGAGCUCAAAUCCUGCAGUAGGCUUCAAACACACAAUCUGAAAACUCGUGAAGUGAACACGAUACCUUUUGAGGUACAGUUGACAAUCUAGAACAACUUCAACAUUUGACAUUUAAUCCUUCUUUGUUUCAGGUCAGAGGUCCGCAUUGUCAACAAUUUAUUUUGUCACUUUAAUGAUAAAACUGGUUAUUUUAUAUGUGUAAUUCUAUCAGUAAAUUGCAAUAGAAGUCAAAGCAAUAUUAUUGCAUAAAACCCAAAGCAGCAGCAUUCAUUAAUGUUAAAUACAGUUCCACCCCAACAACUUGCAGAUGGCCAUCAUUGGAGGUUUGGUAAUGACUGCCAAAAUGAUAUGAAAUUUACUGGAUAAUUUGAGCAACAGUCAUGCAAGUUAAAAUUAGCCACUAAAGGAAGACCCGUAUCUCGUAUUAUAUAUAACACAUGUUUAAAAUAUAAAUUAUGAAAUUAUUUGUUCUGAUGCUGGAAAUAGUCUUGGAAAAAUAGCUGCAAGUGCCCAGACCACCCUGCUUGUGAACAUGGUGAUUUGUCUGCACUUAAAAUACAUAAUCUUUCAAGAACAGUGCUUAUUGAAAGUGAACAAAAGUCCCAAUCACGUUAAUUCAUUGUAACAUAGAAAAUAAUUUUGCAGCUUUUAUGAAGUGUUCACAGUAUUUGGGUGCCACUGGCAAGGACAGUCUAAUCUCUUUAGGUCUUUCCCAAUUGCCCUGAAAAGGGGGUUUCUCAGAUUGCUGACCAUGUGGUCUAAGUACACCCAUAAUUCUGUGAAGGAGGGUGUACUGGAGUUUUUAAUCCAUUGGUGCAUAAUGUAUCUCUGACAACAUAAGAUUGAAAGUGAGUUCCAUACCAAAAGAUCUUGUGCAAAGAGUUUAUUAGGAAUAAUAUGGGAUAAACCAAAAAGGGUAUAUUACUUUGAGUUAAAUUAUUGGACCACAUUGACAAUUUUUAUUAUAUUGGGUGAGACACUAAUUACUCAAGUUAUCUUUGCAUUUAAAACACUAGAUACCUAAGCUAUUAUGAAUGAAAAUACACAUAACUAAUAUUAAGUCUACAUGUCUGUUGUUCUGAAAAGGGAUUUUAAUCAAUUAUUAUACACAUGGCAGUCUGAUAAGGGAUUGUUACCAAGAAAGGGCCAAGUAACUUUAUUAUAGAAGUGGACAAAGUGUGGAAUCCAGAGGGAUUACACCAAACAUUAGGAGGUGGUCCUUAGAUUUAGUAAGCAAUUGAGUUCUAAUAGCAUAGAGUGCUUCCAAAGCAGUGCUGCUAACAUGGCUUCUUUCUUCCAUAAUCAUGGUUUCCCAACUUCCCAUCCACCCUGUUGGCAACUGGGCCCUCAACCGCAUUUGACCUAUCACCCAUGCUUCUGCCAUUGCCUUCCCAUCGCUCACAAGUGUGAUUGAGUCCCCCUUGUUCUCACUUUUCAUCCCACCUCCACAUUCAAAAGAUCAUUCUCCACCAUUUCAGACAACUUUAACAGAAUGCCCUCACCAAACACGUCUUUCCCCCUUCACUCCCCCAUCUGCAUUUUGCAGGGAUCAUUCCCUUUGGAACACACUAACCCAUUCUCGACCACCAGCACCAUCCCCUUUCCCAUGUAACUGCCCCUUCACCUUCUCCCUGCUCACCAUCUAAGGGCCUAAACAGUCUUUCAGAUGAAGCAGCAUUUCACCCGUACCUCCUCCAAUCUGUGUAUUGUAUUCACUAUACUCAAUGAAGCCUACUCUACUAUGGAGAAACUAAAGGCAGACUGAGUGACUGCACAAGUAUGACCCCAACCUUCCUGUAGCUGGGCACUUUUUAACACCAUGUCUUGCUUGCAUGCCCACUUGUCUGUCCUCAGCAUGCACAGGGCUGACUGGAGGAGCAACAUCUGAUCUUAGAACUUGGCAGUUUACAACCUUCUAGGCUGAAGAUUGAGUUCAACACCUUCAAAUUGUGAAUCCAUUCCUUCCCUUUCUUUUAGCUUUGCUUGUUACAUCCUCUGUCACCCUCUCCCCAUCCUCCACACCAUUGGGACUGUCCGUUGCUUCCAGUAUGGCAAUUAGACACACCAUUGCAUUCUAAUCAUUUAAUCUGAACUAUCAACGUCCUUUCUUCACCAGCACUACAACACUAUGCCCUCCACACUUCAUUUUAACUGAUGAAGCCUGCUCUCUGUCCAUCAAUGCUGCCUGACCUGCUGUGAUUGCAGUACUUUUCUACAGUGAUCAAAUUGCUCAACUAACCAACUGAGUCUUCUAAAAGGUGUAUGGUUCAGCCAACUGCAGAAUUCCUAACUUGGAAACAGAGAAUCGCUUGGCCUGUAACCAGUGAACUGUCCCUCGUGACCUAUUGACAACUUUGCAAUCAUGAUAACAAGCCAUAGCAGCUGUUGUUGGAAUAUUUAUUGAUUUUUCAAAAACAAACUGCCUCAUUACUUGCUGGCUGACUGUUAGUGUUUGCAGAUAUCAAACUGUGUAAGCACAGGAAAUAGAUUGGAUGGGAAGCAGCCCUUUUCACAAAUAAAGUGCCUCUGGAAUA